AUGGGCUAUAGAAAACCAUACCUCUUCCACAGAAUCAAAUCCAACAUCCCUCUCCUGAAUAAAUCCAACGUCCUCGUCUACGAAGGCAUCUCCCCAGAGGUCGAAGUCCCUACUGCCGUGAACCUUGCCGAGGACGCGGUCAUCAGUGCGCUCGCCUGCCGUGUCAAUUACAACUCCGCGUCCAAAGAACUGGCCGUCACGGCCUGCGAGCCAGUGCAUACCCUGCACCAGACCUGGAUCAAACGCGAACUCGGCAGAGGCUUGCUAUCUGGCUUCUUCCUCGUCAAAGAGUGGAACGCCAUCGACUCCACGACGGCAAAAAGUUUCAACGCCUUUGUGGCCCCGUACCAGGCCUCGUGGAGACAGCCCGAGUACUACCUGAAGCCGCGGCACCAUGUCCUUCCGACUCUAGUCGUGGAGAGCGGCUGGGAAGUGUCUUAUCCCAGCUUAAUCCGAGACAAGGACCUCUGGUUGAUCGGCGGCUCGCCGCAUGUCAACGUCGUCGUGGUCAUCGAGUGGUCCAGGUCUCCGAGAAACCGUAUCCGAGGCCGGUUGGAAGUAUACAGGAGACAAAGCGGACUGGUGCAAGUGGAGUCGAUCUUCCCCGAACCUAGCCCGAGAGUCGCUCCCCAGGUGAUUCGACUCACGAGGGAUGAGCUCUUCGACAAGGCGAAGUCCCCGCAUUGCGAUGCGGAGGAAAAGAUAAAUUUCUCGGUGGAUCGUCUCCGCGAGGCUGCGAGAAAUGCCUUCCACAAUGUUGGAUAUAUUCCUGCCUAG